AUGCAUAUCAAAACAAUCACCAUUCAAGGCUUCAAGUCGUACCGUGACCAAGUCGCGGUCGACCCAUUCUCCCCAAAGCACAAUGUCGUUGUGGGACGUAACGGUAGUGGAAAGUCCAACUUCUUCAUGGCAAUCCGCUUCGUCCUUUCCGAUGCCUACACAAGCAUGUCUCGAGAGGAGCGUCAGCGCCUGCUGCAUGAAGGCGCGAGCACCACAACCACUCUCUCGGCGUUUGUGGAGAUUGUCUUUGACAACUCGGACAACCGUUUCCCCACUUCCCUCCCCGAGCUGCACCUUCGUCGUACUAUCGGUCUGAAGAAGGACGAGUACUCGCUUGACCGCAAGAGUGUCACCAAGGCCGAGGUUAUGAACCUCCUCGAGAGUGCAGGCUUCUCCAGGAGCAACCCCUACUACAUUGUGCCCCAAGGAAGGAUCACCCACUUGACAAACAUGUCCGACAAGGAGCGUCUAAACCUACUCAAGGAGGUCGCCGGUACCAAGGUGUACGAGCAGAAGCGUAACGAGUCGACGCGUAUCAUGGAGGAAACCGAUUCGAAGAGGUCCAAGAUUGUCGAGCUCCUCACAACCAUCGAGGACCGUCUCAACGAGCUCGAGUCUGAGAAGGAGGAACUCAAGCAGUACCAGGAGAAAGACCGUGACAGGCGUUGCCUCGAGUAUGCCCUCCACCAGCGCGAGCUCGAUGACGUGACUGCUGCCCUCGAGCAGAUCGAAGAGGAGAAGAGCAACGACAUCCAUGUCAGCAACGAGAAGCGCAAAGAGUUUAACGAGCUGGAGUCUCGUGUCCAGGCUCUCGAGGAGGAGGUAACCAAGGCCAAGCACUCACUGGCCACCUCGACCAUCUCCCUGCAGCAGUACGAGUCUGAAAUGGCAGAUCUCGUCCGCUCCAAGACGGAGGUUGAGUGUGUCAUUGCCGACUUUGCGCAGGCUAGCGAGGCUGGUGAGACCCGCCGCAUGGCUCUCCGCGAGCAGCUUGAGUCCAUUGAGAAGCGCGUCGGCCGUGCCACCGAGAGGUUGAUGGAGCUCAGCUCUGAGCUUGAGGCGCGUGUUGCCGAGGAGCGUCAAGCCAAAGAAAUCCUCGAUACUACGUCGUCCAAGCUGCGUCUUCUUUACGCCAAGCAGGGCCGCUCUCGCCAGUUUGCUUCUCAAGCAGAGCGUGACGCCAACCUCGGCACCGAAAUCAAGAACCUCCAGGGCUACGAGAAGCAGCAGCAGAAGCGCAUUGCCAACCUCCAGCAAGACGUCGAGGGCGCCAAGGCCAACCUGGCUGAGGUUGCUGCCAAGUCUGAGGAGCAGGCGCGUGGCGAGGACGAACAGCGCGAUGUCCUCAAGCAGAUGAGCGAGGAAGUUUCCAAGCUCAAGACCGAUCAGGACAACAUGCAGGAGAAGAGAAAGGAGCUCUGGCGCGAGGAUGGCAAGCUUGCCCUUUCGGCCACAAACGCCAAGAACGAGUACGACAACGCGACGCGUCAGCUGCAGCAGAUGAUGGACAAGGACACCAACACUGGUCUGCGUGCGAUGCGUGCCAUUGCCAAGCGACUCAACCUCGAUGGUGUAUAUGGUGCGCUGUACGAGCUCUUUGAGGUCUCGGACAAGUACAAGACUGCGGUCGAGACUGUCGCCGGUGCCAGCCUGUUCCACGUCGUGGUCGACACCGACGAGACUGCCCAGACGCUCAUCGACGUCAUGACCAAAGAGAAGGCUGGCCGUGUCACAUUCAUGCCUCUCAACCGCCUCAAGAGCCAGAACGUCCAGUACCCCAAGGCCAACGACGCGGUCCCCAUGAUCUCCAAGCUCCAGUUCAACCGCGCAUACAGCAUGGCGUUUGAGCAAGUCUUUGGCCGCACGAUCAUUUGUGAAGACCUUGCGGUUGCCGCGCAGUACACCCGCAGCCACGGUCUCAACGCUGUCACCGACGAGGGUGACCGUGUCGACCGCCGUGGUGCCCUCACCGGUGGUUACCACGAUGUCCGCCGCUCACGCAUUGACGCUGCCCGCAACGUCAAGCGCUGGAGUACUGCGUACGAGACCGACGCUGGACGCCACGCCGAGGUCAAGGACGGUCUGGCCAAGCUUGAGCAGCAGAUCUCCCAGACUAUGGGUCAGAUCCAAAAGCUCGAGGCUAGGCGCAAGGCCAUUCUCGAUGACCGUUCUAACCAGGCGCGCCAGAGCAACUGGACCCAGCGCGAGGAGGAGCAGGCUCGCCAGCGUGUCACCCGUCUCGAAGGAUCCCUCAUCAGCGCCGAGGCAGAGCUGCGCGCGGCGUCGGCUGAGAGGGCGGCCCUGGAGGACGAGAUCAAGACUCCUCUCACGCAAUCGCUUUCGCCCGCUGAGGUGCAACUUCUCGUCUCUCUCACGAAGGACCAGGAAGAACAGAAGCAGGCCCACCUGGAAGCGUCUCAGGCCAGGCAAAAGAUCUCGUCUGAGCGCAGCCAGAUCGAGAUUGAGCUCACUGAGAGUCUCCGUCGUCGCAAGGACGACACCCGCCGAAAGCUCGAUGACCUCGAGGGUGCAACGGGCUCGGGUGUACUUCAGGCUGGCGAGGUGGAGGCCAAGCAGGCCGAGCAGCGCAACCUGUCUCGCAUGAUUGAGGAGCUGUCCGGACAGAUCAGGGGUGCCGAGGAUGACAUUGACUCGUCCAAGACCGAGAUUGCCGAAAAGUCUUCAAGCCUCGAAGAGCUGCAGACUGAGCAGAUGGAGAGCACCCGCGCCAUCCUCAGGGUGCAGAAGAACUCGGAGCGCUACCUCACCAAGCGUCAGACUCUGCUCACCCGCAAGGAGGAGGGCCAGACUGCCAUCCGCGACCUAGGUGUUCUUCCCGAGGAGGCCUUUACCAAGUACACGGACACUCGUGCCGAUAAGCUUGUCAAGCGACUCCACAAGAUCAACGAGAGCCUCAAGUCGUAUGGCCACGUCAACAAGAAGGCGUUCGAGCAGUACAACAACUUCACCAAGCAGCGCGACGACCUCUUGAAGCGUCGCGAGGAGCUGGACACCUCUGCCGAGUCUAUCCAGCAGCUCAUUGAGACGCUUGACCAGCGCAAGGACGAAGCCAUUGAGCGCACGUUCAAGCAGGUCUCGGCGUACUUUGAGGAAGUGUUUGAGCAGCUCGUUCCCGCCGGUCGCGGUGAACUGGUCAUGCAGAAGCAGAUCAACACGUACAACGACGAGGAGACACAGGAGCCCACUCCCGCUGCCGGCGCGAGCGAGAUCGACUCGUACACUGGUGUCUCGAUCAGGGUGUCGUUCAACUCGAAGCAGGACGAGGGUCUGCGCAUCCAGCAGCUCUCUGGUGGUCAAAAGUCGCUUGUCGCGCUCGCAACUGUGUUUGCGAUCCAGAAGUGCGACCCGGCACCUUUCUACCUCUUUGACGAGAUUGAUGCCAACCUCGACCCUCAGUACCGUACCGCCGUGGCCUCGAUGAUCCACUCGCUCUCCGAGUCUGCCCAGUUCAUCACCACCACCUUCCGCAGUGAAAUGCUCGUCCAGGCCGACAAGUUUUACGGUGUCUACUUUGACAAGCAAAAAGUGUCGACCAUCAGCACCAUUACGCGCGAGGAGGCGUACGAGUUCAUCGAGACUGCUGCGGAGAUGCCGUCCAAGUAG